GUACGCUUACGCAAACUGUUUUCGUAUGCAUAAUAAAACACGCAAGCUGCCAACAAAGCACUUGCUUGGCGUACAGUAUAGAUCUCUAGCUUAGCUGCUCGUGUAUUUGCAACGUCAUGACAGUCACUGGGAGCAAUAACUAUUAACAGAGGGUUUGAUUUCUGAUCCUCAGCUUUCUCAAACUCAACUCAAUUUUCGAUUUUUCAUCAUAAUCAGAAUCUCAGACUCAAGAUUCAUGCAUUUGAAUUGAGUAUGCCAACAAGUGAAAGAUUGCUGAUUCCUGUCCUGAUUCAUCAAGUUCUACAUAGUACAUGUUCAGAUAUAUUCAUUCUCUAGGAAAAUACUACUACUAGUACUACUACAUGUAGGCCUAGUUAAGGUUGACUAGGGUCGCAGUGCAGUCUAAUGUAUUAUGUAGGCCCACUACAGUUCUAUCCACAUUUAUUGAUUUGGAAUUUCCUUGGUUGACUGCGUGGCACAUUUAAAAAACAAGAGUAACCAGCUGGAUUGGAAGAUAACAACUUAGUCUUGCAGUCUUGAGAAGAACGUCACAUGCACUCUGCUCCCCAACUCGAAGCCCAAGCCAGGUUAAAAUUCUGCGCUUGGCCUAACUGAAAGGAUUUUCUAAUUAAUCGCUGUUAUCGUAUCCUCUCUGUCUGAGCUGACGUCACAAGAUUAAGAAAUAGAAUUUGAAGAUAGAAGAAAGGAGACUAAGAAAGUCAAAUAAAAUGUCAUCCAAAGUUAGACCUCGCAAGGGGGGUGAUGGGCACCUGGCAAAAUUUCAACCAUCUUGGAAUGAACUGUUCCCAUUUAUCCAGCCAGUUGAGGAUAGACAUUUUUUCUACUGUGCAGCCUGCCAGAAGACUGUGAAAUGCUACCACCAAGGCCGCUUUGAUCUUGUCCGCCACAUGAGAGGUAAUCGACACAAGAUCAACAUGAUGGCUGCCAACAUCAGCUCGGAGGUGACACCAGAGAUGCUUCGAAAGGCAGAGUUCAUGAAUUUCCCAACCAAGUACCUCUAUGAAUUCUUAUCCGAUGAAGUGGCCAUUCCGCAAUGUCCCAGCUCAGGAAGGUCUAGACGGAGAAGUCGGGUACGAACAUCGCAAGCACGAGCGUCGGCACCUAGCAGAAUAGCCCCCAAAUCAGCAGCAGUAGGAUUCUCAUCUGAUGGAUUUUAUCAAGAUGUCGGAAAGGAUCUACCAUGUCGUAAGACUCAGCAGGAUGAAAAUGACAGUUAUGGCAGUGAACCUGAAGAUUGGCAAGAAAGAGAUCCAGAAGAAGCAGAACAGUUUGAUUAUGUUUUUGCAGAAGAGGUGCAUUUGAGUGGGUCUGAUGGCGAACUUGACGAUCCUUCACAAAUGAUCGAUAGUCCAGAGAUGGAUGUUCCUAAUGAUGAUGUUCCAGGGGCUUCCAUCAAGAUGGACCUAGUACAACAGGCAGUCAGGAGCAAGUAUAUGGUCAUAAAUGAGAUCAUGGAGUGUAAUGAGCUUCCAGUGACAACAGCACACUCCACCCAUCAAAGCAUCGAAACAGAGCUCUCCGGAGAAGAUCAGCCCACCAGAACCCGCAUCAAGUUAGAGCAAGAUGAUGAUUCCUUGAUCCGUCCUCAGGACUACGAGAUAACGACCGAUGCUCCUGUACCAAAGUCGUGGAGUACCAAACCAGAUAGACACAAGACUGUCAGAAUGCAGAGGAAUGGCAUGGGUGAUGGCCAAAACACCAUGCAGUUUAAGGAACAUCGGUGGUAUCGGGCUCAUUCUGAUGGGAUGCAAAUGUCUAAUCCUAGCGAUUUGAGAGAAAAAGAGGAAAUGUCAAGGUCAAACCCUUAUGAAAUGAUUAAGGAGCAUCCUAGGUCCUUGAUUCCAGAGCUUCUGAAGCAGUUCUAUGGGCUUGGCUGGGUCACAGGGACAGGAGGUGGAAUCUCUAUCAAAUAUGGUGAUGAAAUCUUCAUUGCGCCCUCUGGAGUCCAAAAGGAAAGAGUUCAACCAGAGGAUUUAUUUGUGACAAAUCUCCAAGAGGAGGACGUAAGUGGACCACCGCCAAGCAAGAAACUAAAGAAGAGUCAAUGUACUCCACUCUUUAUGAGCUGUUACACAUUAAGAGGAGCUAAAGCAUGUAUCCAUUCCCACUCCAAGAAUGCAGUCUAUGCUACUAUGAUGUCACAGGGCUGUGAGUUCAGUAUUACACAUCAAGAAAUGAUCAAGGGCAUCAAAAAGGCAACGACAGGACAAAAUUACAGAUAUGAUGAACGGUUGGUCGUCCCUAUAGUUGAGAACACACCAUUUGAGAAAGACUUGAAGGGUUCAUUGGAGAAAGCAAUGCAUAAAUACCCUGAUACUCAUGCCGUGUUAGUACGUCGUCAUGGUAUCUACGUAUGGGGAGACUCUUGGGAGAAGGCUAAGACUAUGUGUGAAUGCUACGACUAUCUAUUUGAGAUUGCUGUAGGUCUGAAACAACUCGGCAUAGACUACACAAAAGGUCCAGAGGGAGGAAUUGUGGGAUAGAAACAGACAAUCGCUUUCCUGGUUUGAAACCCCAUUCAUCAGAUGAAUUGAACAAUAGAUAGCAGUGUGAUGCAUAUCCACAGCAGUAGACAAAGAGAGUGACAUUAGGAAAAAAUGUUUCCGAUGCUAUUUCAUGAAGAUCCAAACAGCCCCCUCUAUAGUUUUAUGGACAGAGGGAUCAGACAUGUAAUAUUUGACCUUUGACCUCUCCCAUUGACUUUGUGUAGAAAAGCGUAGCGCAACUGCCAAUAUAUGAUGUACUAUGUGCAACUCAAUGCAGCUGUAUUCUGUGCUGCUAACUUAUACAUGAGUCGAUCUUUUGAGAAUGACAGUAUUUUCACCUUCAACUAUAAAUACAGAGAUUUACAAGUUAAGAAUUUGCACAGAUAAGAGUGUAGAGAGGGAAUGAUUACAAUUGGUUUUGAAGUUUUCAUUUAAAUGUGUUCUUUUUUACUUAAUUUUCUUUUAUUCUUUUAAUACUUAUUUUUUUGACUACUAAAAUGCUACUUGAUUAGUAUUUUUAAUUUGUUAUCUCUUAUACUGUAUCUGUGUGCUGCGGAUAAUUUGCUUUUGUUUUGGGAGAUUGUAUUCAUUGCUAAUCUCAUUUCUUAUUUUACUAUGACUGAGUUUGACAGUAUAUUUAUUUGGAAGGGUUCUUGUGCAAAGGUCAACGUUGUGACAUUCUCUGUAUGAAUGUGAUGGAAUCUUAUAAAGAUUAUUUCAGUUUUUACAUGUAUAUCUUUUGGUUUGAAUACUAACAAACAAGUAUUUGAUUUUUACUUUCUUAGGUUAGGACUUUUGAACUGUUCCUGGUUAAAUCAGAUAAACAGGAAAAAUUUGUUUACUUUAUUUGGAUAUUUUAUAUCUGGUUUUUGUUAAAACUAAAUUAUAUUUACUUUAUUUGGGUACAUUGUUUAUAUGUUCCUUGCAAAAAAAUUGAAUUAUAUUUACUUUUUGGGGCAUUUUGUGUUUUUGUUCUUGCUUAAACAGCUAAAUUAUAUGUAUGUAUAGGUGAAGAAAAGUAUUUCUUAUAAGUCUUCAAUUUUUUAAAAUACAAUUCUGAUUUUGUUUUGUCCCUUUUGUCUUGCUUGAAUGAACUUCAGCAGAGACCGGGUUAUCACUUUUUCUGUUACAAAAAUGACCUCAUUUCCUUAUAGACUUUGUUUAAACUUUAAACAAAUGAUCAUUAGGUAUUGUCACAUAUAUACCUACAAAGCUUACAUCAAGGACAAAGCUUACAUCAAGGGCCAUCUUGGGGUCAAAAGGUCAUUUUGCAUGUUUUAUUGAUGGUGAAAUCAGGCGAGACUCUUGGUUCAUGAACCAUCUUGUUUAUAAGUUUCAAGCUUGAUUAUGGACCGAUUGGGAACACCCACACUUGGACUCUUGAUACAAAGCUUAAUGCUAAAUUACAGUAGUUGCAGUAAAACACUAAUUUCGUGAGAAAGUCUGUAAAACCAAGGUUUAGUAUGACUAUAUCAUCGUGGAUCUAGAUCUGGUACAGUUACAUAAACUGAACUUUGUGAAAUCAUAAAAUCUAAGCUGAAAUACGAUCACGCUGAAGAUCGCCAACACAGAUAGGCACACGUGGGACAGUGUAUUAUUAUUGCUGGAAUAAAGACCCGACGGAAGUGACCGAAUCCGCGCUUAUUUUGCUUAUUUCUCAACAAUUACACAAUUUCUUCCAGAAUCCUUUGGCACAUAUUUUUUAUUCAUACAAACAGACACUUGGGUGGUCAUUAUAUUAGAUUCUGUAAAAAGGUUUCAUUCUCCUUUAAUGCUUGAUCGUUGGGUCAAUUUUUAGCCCUGAUUAUAUUCAGCAUCAUGUCAAUCAAGCAUAGAAAUCAAUGUUAUGAUCAAUAACUUGGCUUUGUGUUACUGGGCCCUGUUUCAUAAAAUUAUUAUUGAUGAGCAAUGUUACAAAAAUGU